GUGAGUGUUGAAAGUGCUACGCAGGCGCAAAUUGACCUUUCGGUUGAAGAACCCGUCGGUCACAUGUGAGUGUCGAUAAAUAUCCUAGUUUUAUCGCCAAUCCUUUGUAUUUAGUUGUGAUUAUUGUUUUUAUCACUCCUGACCGUAGUUGAUUCAAGCACAGAAACAACAGCACAAUGGGCGACAUCGAGGACACCCACUUCGAGACCGGGGACUCCGGUGCCUCUGCCACCUUCCCCAUGCAGUGCUCGGCUCUCCGCAAGAACGGAUUUGUCAUGCUGAAGGGCCGUCCGUGCAAGAUCGUUGAAAUGUCCACCUCCAAGACUGGCAAGCACGGCCACGCUAAAGUCCAUCUCGUCGGCAUUGACAUCUUCAACGGCAAGAAAUACGAGGACAUCUGCCCCUCCACCCACAACAUGGACGUGCCGCACGUGAAGCGCGAGGACUACCAGCUGACGGACAUCUCGGACGACGGCUACCUGACCCUGAUGGCGGACAACGGCGACCUGCGCGAGGACCUCAAGUACCCGGACGGCGACCUGGGCUCCCAGCUGCGCUCCGACUUCGACGCCGGCAAGGAAUUGCUGUGCACUGUGCUGAAAUCUUGCGGUGAGGAGUGUGUGAUCGCGGUGAAGGCAAACACGGCUCUGGACAAAUAAACUUACUCAGCAUUUAUAGGGAUAUAACAAGCAUAUAAUUUUUUUUACAAUCAAAACACAACUUCUUACAUAAAUGUAAAACAUAAUAUUAUGUAUAAUUUAAUGUAAAAUAUCAAUGGUGCGCCGCGGGCCCUCCAUCGCCGCCCGGCCGACUCGAUGCCGACCUACCUCUCGACCACUUCCCGAAUACUAGUGUAUUCCGGCAACACUCAAGCCACGGUUCUUUUUUGUACAGUCAUAUGAUGUACGUUUCUAUUAACUCCUUGACUAGUCAUAGAAAAGCUCUGCUGGGGCUCAGUGGUUGUUCUACGAUCCAACAAGCUACCACUAAAGUAUCAAUAGGUCUCGGCUGCAAAGCGGGUUUAUUAGUUACUUUAAUUUAUUGUAAUGUAGGUGUGCAGUUGCCCCGAGGGGGCGGGGGCGUCGGCCGGCGGCGCUCGCGGGCAUUUCCGGAACUUCUCGUUUGUUGUUUGGUUUCUCUUCGCUUCCAACGUCUUGACGUUUUUGUUUGCGCUGCGCGAGCCGCCCGGCACGUUGUUGAUAUCAGAGUAAAUCAACUUUGCAACGUGCAUAUUAAUGUUUUAUUGUGGGUUUAUACUCUUGACGAGAUAAAGACGCAAACUUGAAGUUAUUACCAUAUUUUAAUGCUAAAUUAAAUGAAUACAUAAAAAUCGAGAAAAAAGCAAAAAAAUAGAAAUAAAGAAAAAGUUGAAACAUU